AUGGCACCCGAUAUCUUACAAACCGUCCUUAGCGCACUUUCAGACUGGAAAACGUGUGAUGAUGCUGUAACUAGUCAAAUAAAAAACUUAUUGCCCAACAAUUCCUGCACAAAGAACGACAAAGCAACAAAUUCGAAAAAUUCCAUAACAACCAAAGCCACUCGCAAGAGUAAAAUUCCACGCAGGCGAGAAGGACUGACUCACCGCGUCAACUCAACAUAUUUACGCUAUGCACAGCAAAUAGUCAACCAGAGCUUGUCGACUCUCUCAAAGGUGUACAAAGAACAAACAGACAAUCAUAGUAAUAGUGAUGUGAUAAGAACAAGUGUCAACUGCUUAGUUGAGGUUACAUUGUACUGUAUUCAAGUUUUGGAAGGAUUAGAAAAAGCAAAAGUUAGCUGUAAGCCAUUAGACAUUGAAAAGGCAUAUUCGAAUAUUAUCGCUAAAAUGAUCAACUUUAAGAUGCAUCAACGAGCCGUCUCACAGUUGCUCUACCUACGCCGUCGUCUCUUACCUCGUUGUAAGCCUCCUCUGCGGUCCGAAUGCGUGCAACAUACUUUACAAGAAAUUAAAUCCAUCAAACCAGACUCGGAAGAAAUUCUUGAUUUCGUCGUCUCAUGUGUCGAAGCGUGUUGGUACCCAUGCGAGGAUGAAAUGCAUGUUAUGGAGUUGACGAAGCCGGUUGAAAUGCAUGAUAUGGAGGUGAUGAAGCUGGUUCUUGCAUGUCACAUAAAUUGUUUGAGGUGUUUGACUGGAUAUAAAAAUGGAUUGGGAAUUACGUACUUGAUGAGGAUACCGCAGCUACGCGAGAUUAUUGUUGGUUGGUGCAGAAAAGCAGGUAGGGUUGACGCAUCUGUUGCAACGACACAGUCAGAUGCCUUAUUGAGAGUGCUCACCAUGGCCUGUAAUAGUCUUAAAACAUUACCUGACGACAAUUCAGAGAGAAUAUUACAUCUGCGAUCGUUCUCGUUGCAAAUAUUUGUUACAACCGACCGAUUCACUUUGGCUUCGCUCCUGGACCUGGCACUGAAAUCCGUAAUCCAGUUCGAAAAGACUUGUAAAAACGACAUUAACGUCAUGUACAAGAAAUUGCUUUCGUUCCAUGAUGAGAUUGCGUGUCUAAUUAAACGAUAUUUGGAUGAACUUACGAUCGAGUGUCGGACUUAUAUUGAAUGGAUAGAUCAUUACGCGUACGUUGCGCAAAAGGCUAACGACUACAAGAAAGCGAUAGACAUAUAUACAGAGGCUCUACUCUCGAUCCCACCCACAUUAAUAGCUCAAUUUUCCACUCUGGCUUCCUCCCAUUCGAUCUUAUCUUCCUCCCUCAUCGCGCCCAUUAUUCCAAAAUUAAUCGAACGUUUUGUGAAAGUAACAUAUCUCGAUUGUCCAGAAGGAAAUUUUACUCCGAUAAUGGAGCUGUUGCUUAAUAAAAAAUCAGAGAGCGAGAAGGAUGUAGUCGCGUUGAUGGAGUAUGCGGUGAGAGUUAUCAGGAUCGUUGGACAAUUCGAGCGGGAGAUUUGUGUGAGAAGAAUGGUCGAAAGCAUAUUAGAUAUUUAUGAAAAGGAAGAAUAUCCGAUCAGACACGCGAGAGUCUUGAUAGAAAAAGCGAAAUUAAUGAGGUGCAGCCCACUUAUUGAAGACCGUGAUAAAGUUAUAAAUACGUUGAAUUCCGCCACAGAAUUACUCAAAACCGAAGAUUUCAAAAAUGACGUCGGCCUCUCAAGAUUACGCAAUCACUAUCUAGCGACGGCGUAUUCCUGGGUUGCUAUCACCUCUCAAGAACUCGGACAGCCAAACGCAGACUCAUUCAAGCUUGCGUUGGCUUUGUGGAAAAUUAUUUUAGCUGACGUACCCCCGCGCGGUAAUGAGGGGACUGUGUCUGAGGAGAAACUGAAGGAAGUGAGGGAAUGCCUGGAUGAUGUUGAGGGAUGUUACAAGCAUCUUCGUAUCCUUUAUUGGUGGGAGAUGUUGGCGGACUUUUUAGAGUCAGUACAACAACCUGUUAAUUUGAUCUUGACGUUAAAGUUGCUAUUGAGGUUUAACAAUGGCGUCCGAGAAAAUGUCGACGAGUCGUUGUCAGACAGUGUGGGUAUUUUCAACCAGCUUGGUCAAACGUAUUUACAGCUUGGGUAUACGGGAAAGGCUGGCUUAUCCUGGUCUCAGGCAAAGAUGAUUAUGGAAAGUGCAUACUGUCAAACCGACAAUCGCUUAUUGUGGAUGCUGGGUUAUUGUCGAUACAUGAGCUCGAUUGGUCAUGUGGACAAAAGUCGUAAUGUGUUUAAUGAGGCGAGGCAACUUGCAAUCGCUCGUCUUGAGAGUAAGGACAAAACAAAUAUGGAUAAGGUGGCUAAGCGGAUGAGAUACGAGCAAUUGUUACUAGCUGAUGCUGCUUGGACGCGAUCGUGUAUUCUGCUGGGACGUGGUUUGUUGAAUGAAGCUAUUAUUGAUGGGAAAAGGACCCUGCGCAUUCUUAAUAGGCUGUUAUCAAAUAUUGAUAGAACUGGUCGAAUUCGAUGUAAAGAUCCAGUCGAGUCUAAUCCGUUUCUAGUCAGUAGCGACUCUGAUGGGAAGAAUCGAGUCGAAGAAGAAGAAUCGGUAUUGACUUUGGCAGCACAACGAUGGAAAUUGCGCGUAACAAAAAGACUGCUCGAAUGUUAUGAUCGAUUGGGACAGCUUUUUGGCUUACGCGGUUCAAUCAAAGAGGCGGAAUUUUUUUUUAACAAGGGGCUACAGCUCGCCCAGUCCAACAACGCACAUAGUGCGAUGAGCUCUUUUCUGUUGAAUAUUGCUGAAUUACAAUACCGGAAACAUUGUUGGAAAGAGAGCAAUGAUUUAUUGAACGAGGUUGCUUUGAUGCAGAGACAGGCUUGUAUUAUAAAACGGGAAGAAGUCAAAAUAAAUUUAUGUUUGGGAGAUCUCAAGUAUAGAUUACAAGACUAUGAUCAAGCAUUGCGAUCUUAUUAUGCGGCCGAGGACAUUUUAGCAAACAUAAUGGGGAAAGAAUAUAUAAUGAAUAUCGAGAGUGAUGAUUUGGGCGACAAUGUACUUCAAACCCCAAGGGCUAAACAGCUACUAACUAUCCCAGCAUCGAGAACACCUGUAGUGAAGACUUCUGCUGACAGUACUGUCCAGUUUGAAUGUUUCUUGCUUGCUUAUAUGAAAGCCAAUCUUUUACGGCGCGCUGGGCUGGUGAUGAGCAAAAAAGGAAAGAUAGAAGACGCAUCGGAAUUUCUCAAAAACGCGUUUGUUUUUAACAUAUCUAUGCUGGAGAAGGCUGAACAUCUUCUUAUACUUGGCAAAAUAGAAAUAAUGAGAAUUGUUAAACAAUUAGAACAACCAUUUUUAACGUAUCAGAUGCUAUGUGAUUCUGUUCUCUGUCUGCCACCCAUAAUGAACGUUGGAGGCGCAAAAUCCAAUCAUAGAGAACGUAAACAUGCCAACACUAAAGUCACUGCUGACGCAAUACAGAAAGUCAAACAAGCCGAUGAAUAUCUGAUAGAAGCUUACAAACUUGCAUUUGCUUGUGGUCCUACUUAUCUUGCUCACGAUGCAUCGUUAGCGAUUGCAAUGCUGAACAUUAUAAAAGUAUAUGGACAUAUUAUUAAGCGUACAGAAUGUACUGAUAUUACCGAGGCGUGUACUUAUUAUCUGGAAAUGACGAAAGGAGUUGCAGCCAAGAGGGAGAUGCUUGCCGCGUUAAACGAGAAGCUCUCUCCCGAAUAUCUGCAAGACGACACACAAUGGCCGGGUGCGAUAUCAGACGCCACGUCGAUCACAAGUCCCCAAACUCUCAUGAUGGAUUCGUCGUUACUCGAUGAGGAUACUAAAUCAAGACGGGACUAUCUGACUCGGUUACAAUCAUUAUACAAAAAAGAACUGACAGCACGCCCCGGGGAAUUCUCACCGACUUUUGUUGAUAACCUCCCAUCCAAUUGGACAGUCUGUUCGAUAUCUAUCGAUACAGAUGCAAAUGACAUGUAUUUAUGUCGUCUACGUAGACAAACAAAACCGUUUAUUCUGAGAUUGCCACUAAAAAGAGUAUCAUCUGAGCGUGGAGAGGAUGACGGGUUGUCCUACGAAGAAGUUAUUACUGAAUUCAACGAUAUAUUGACCAAGAGUGCUCAAACUAUGGGGAAGACAUGCGAGACCAAAGAAGCGAAAUAUCAAUGGUGGGAAGAUAGGAAGGAAUUGGAUAUGCGUAUGAGGAAUCUACUUGAGAAUAUAGAAAACUGUUGGCUGGGCGGAUUCAAGGGCAUGUUGAUUGCAGACAGUUGCGAAGAUCCAAAGGCAGUGUAUGAACUUAAAGGCAAACUAGAAGCGUUAAUGGCUGAGGCGUUGGAAGAUAUUCUUAAUAAGAAGGAUAGUAAUAAGGACUCGGCGCGAUUAGAUAUACUUCCAGAAUUAUGCAAGGUUAUUGGUCGUUUAAGGGAAGAAUCAGACAUCGAGGACGUUAUAUAUUUUCUACUAGAUUUAUAUCAGUACAAUGAUAUACCGAUAGCCUAUGAUGAGAUUGAUGUUGAUAAGCUUAUUAUAGACAUCGGGGAUGCUAUAUCGAAGUAUAACAAUUCAGUUUUAUCAACUGAUCCCUCAUAUCCAAAGAAUGAUCAACAUGUCAUUCUAAUACUUGACAAGAACGUCCAGAUGCUUCCGUGGGAGAGCUUACCUUGUUUACGAUCGCAAGCGGUAUCACGGUUACCAUCGCUAUCGUUCCUAAGAGAUAGAAUUGUGCUGAGGGAGCAUGCUAAUAAACAUUACGCCAAGGGAACAUCCGAAGACUAUACCGUAGACAGAAAUAAGACAUAUUAUGUGGUCAAUCCGAGUAAAGAUCUUUCAAAUACUCAAAACGAAUUCGAAGAUUAUUUAAAAAGUUUUCCUGAGUGGGAUGGAGUAAUCGGGCGGCCACCACUAGAACAAGAAUGUAGAAAUGGACUUGCCAAUUAUGAUCUUUACAUAUACUUUGGACACAACAGCGGUGAACAAUACAUUAGUAGCCACCGCAUACGUCAACUCGACCGAUGUGCAGUGUCACUAUUGAUAGGAUGUAGUAGCGGUCAUCUGCAGCCAGCGGGAGAGUUUGACCCAUCGGGCGUAGCUCUUAGCUAUAUGAUGGCUGGAUGUCCUGCGCUGGUGGCUAAUCUGUGGGAUGUGACCGAUAAAGACAUUGAUAGAUUUAGCAAGGCCCUGUUUAGAGAGUGGGGUAUCUCGCGUGAUAACAAUGAAAGAGAUAAUGGCUCGUGUAUUUCACUUGUGCAAGCAGUUAGUAAGGCGAGAAAAGAUUGUUUAUUAGAGUAUUUAAUCGGAGCAGCACCCGUUGUAUAUGGAAUACCAUGUUAUUUGAAAUAG